GCUUUUUCAAUAAUAUAGCUUUACAAAGGUUGUUUGGAGCAUCACAACACUGUCCCGCCGCUUUGUUGGAGGGACAGAAAACACUUCACUAGUUUUCAAUGAAGUGUGUAUGAAAUCAGGCAAUGUCCACCAUGGUGUACCCGCGUGAGGAGUCCUUGGAGCGGCUGAGUCAGGAUGAGAUUGUGCUGAACACUAAAGCGGUGAUGCAGGGUCUGGAGACGCUCAGGGGGGAACAUGCCCAACUCCUCAACUCUCUGCUGGACUGUGCUCAGCCCCCCACGGCCCAGGAGAAAUCUGGAGCUUUGAGGAAGAGUCUGGAGGCAAUUGAGCUUGGCCUGGGGGAGGCACAGGUGAUCAUUGCCCUGUCCAGUCACCUCAGCACAGUCGAGUCAGAGAAGCAGAAGCUGCGGGCUCAGGUACGGAGGCUCUGUCAGGAAAACCAGUGGCUGAGGGACGAGCUGGCCAGCACCCAACACAAACUCCAGCACAGCGAGCAGAGCGUGGCCCAGCUCGAGGAGGAGAAGAAGCACCUCGAGUUCAUGAACCAAAUCAAGAAGUUCGAUGAUGACACAUCGCCCUCCGAAGACAAGAACCAGAACAGCAGCGGAGGAGGAAGCGGAGGGGAUGGAUCCAAGGACAGUCUGGAUGAUCUGUUCCCCAAUGACGAUGACCAGGGACCAGCCCAGCCGAGUGGGGAGGUGGCCGCUCAGCAGGGGGGCUACGAAAUCCCAGCCCGUCUGAGGACCCUCCAUAAUCUGGUGAUCCAGUACGCAUCGCAGGGCCGGUAUGAGGUGGCAGUGCCCCUCUGUAAACAGGCUCUGGAGGAUCUGGAGAAGACCUCAGGACACGACCACCCCGAUGUGGCUACCAUGCUCAACAUCCUCGCUUUGGUCUACAGGGACCAGAACAAGUACAAAGAAGCGGCCCACCUACUGAAUGAUGCGUUGGCCAUCAGAGAGAAGACCCUGGGGAAGGAUCACCCUGCUGUGGCUGCGACGCUAAAUAAUCUGGCUGUGCUUUACGGAAAGAGAGGCAAAUACAAGGAGGCGGAGCCACUGUGCAAGAGGGCGCUAGAGAUUAGGGAGAAGGUUUUGGGGAAGUACCACCCAGAUGUGGCCAAGCAGCUGAAUAACCUGGCCCUGCUGUGUCAGAACCAGGGAAAAUACGAUGAGGUAGAGUAUUAUUACAGAAGAGCUUUGGAAAUCUACGAGUCCAAACUGGGAGCAGACGACCCCAAUGUCGCCAAGACCAAGAACAACCUGGCCACAUGCUACUUGAAGCAGGGAAAGUUCAAAGAUGCAGAGGCGCUGUACAAAGAGAUCUUGACCCGAGCACAUGAGAAGGAGUUUGGAUCUGUGAACAAUGAUAACAAGCCAAUCUGGAUGCAUGCAGAGGAACGUGAGGAGAGCAAGGGGAAACGUAAGGACGCUGGACCGUAUGUUGAGUAUGGGAGCUGGUAUAAAGCCUGCAAAGUGGACAGCCCUACGGUGAACACCACACUCAAAAGCCUGGGGGCGCUGUACCGUCGUCAGGGUAAACUGGAGGCAGCUGAGACUCUGGAGGAGUGUGCCAGCAAGUCCCGAAAACAGGGGAUUGAUGCGUUUAACCAAAGCAAAGUGGUGGAGAUCCUGAAGGAUGGAGGAGAGCGGAGACAAAGAGAGAAUGGACCACAGCAGGGAGAGGGGGACGACUCUGCUGAGUGGAACGGGGAUGGUAAUGGGUCCCUGCGUCGCUCCGGCUCUUUUGGAAAGAUCCGAGACGCUCUGAGGAGGAGCAGUGAGAUGUUAGUGAAGAAGCUGCAGGGGAGCGGACCACAGGAGCCUCGUAACCCUGGAAUGAAAAGAGCCAGCUCCCUCAACUUUCUCAACAAGAGCACAGAGGAGACUGCACAGGACGACAACUCCGCAUUGUCCGAAUCCAAGGUGUUGAGUGCCAGCAAUGUGGACCUAACCAGACGCAACUCUCUGAUUGGUUAGAUUGAUUUAGUUGGCGGGCGGGACUUUGCUAUAGAUGUCAAAAUCACUUAGAGCAUAUUUUUAAAACCGCGUUAAGCAUCGUCAUUUCAGACAUUUGAGAUCGCUGCUAUUCUUGCUGUACAAAAGGCUAUGUACACAGUUAUUAGCAUGCUGCUCCAUAGAAAGUGAAUGUGUGCACCUCAUACACUGUAGAUCUAAAAACACAUAUCUGAAGUUAACUCACUAAUUACAAUGUAGGCUGGGUUAAUAUCAGAUUUAGUUCAGAAAGAUUGUAAAUUUCAUCUAUAGCAUGAGAAAAGCUGCGGCUAACCAAUCAUUUAACUUAGAGAAUGGAGACUGAAGAAUUCUUGGUAAGGUUUUGUAAUAAUUAUAUUUACACUGCAGAAAGACUUAAUUCAUAAUGAUCAAAUGCUUUAUUUAUAAUUACUACUUAAAGGCCCUGUAGCUGUCUUUAAAAAUGUAAAAACUGAACUAGUUCAUUUUGAACGAUUUGCAGUGGUCCAAAGUUAUUCCUCACACAGACCAGAGUAGAUUUUUGCCUUAACGGUAAAGCUAACAACAUGCUAAUAGCACACUUCCUGAUCGCAGACAGCGCGCAGUAGACUUAUUUUGACCUCAAGAGCUGCUUAUACAAUCUAUCUGAAUUGGGCAAGACCAGUUUGUUCAAAUCGAUGGAAAACAGGGCCUUUUAAGUAGUUACUAACUUCCAACCCCUUAAUUAAGUAACAAGUAACAAGUUCUUAAUAAACUAUUUGUUCAUUAUGUAUUAAGUCUUUGUUCAUGCUUUAGUAAGGCUAAUUAAGGUAUAGUUAUUAUAAAGCGUGACUGAAUUCUAAAAUCCAAUUCAAAUGAUAGCACUAACCAUCUUAAACCUCACAUUUUGCCUUCUUGUUUUUGUACAUAUCGUUUUAAAUUAUUGAUGUUUCUAUCUGUGUUUUGUGCAUGUUUGUUUCGCUUUGUUUACAAACAUUUUGGGGUCAUGAAAAUUAGAUUGGAAAAUACAACAAAAAAAAAAAAAACAUGAAACACUGAACAAAAUGCUGAGUACCUCCAAUCAUGACAAUUGUGAGUCUUACAGGUAUUUAUUGUGACUGAAUCUUACAAUUGCACUUAAAACUUGAAAUCAAAAUUUAACAUUUCAAAAUCCACUGUUGUCCAUAUGUGUAUUUAAGAUGUAUAGUACAAAUUAAUUGACAGUUGCCAGGGGAAACCAAAACAUGCUUAACAAUUUGGACAUUUUAUAGGUGCACUUGUGUAACUAAGAGGGUUGGCCAACGUCUUGUCAUGGAGAUGUUGUUGCGUUGCCUGGAAUGUUUCACAGUAUGGCAUUAAACGCUUUCUAUCAUUUAUUAAACUACAUGUGUUUACAUUGCACAAAAGCACCAUGAAAAACAGGUAUUCUUACUGUGCGCGGGAUCGCCUCUCUACAGAUCUGACUUGUAAUGACGUCACAUGUUUUGGAAAUGGAUAAAGUUUAAUAGCAUUUUUGGGACAUUCCAGGUAAUAGCAUUACCAUAGAUGGAAAAAGUACAUAGUGCAUCUUUAAAAGAAAUUUAUGGGCAGCAGUCUGGUCAAUUAUGAAAAAAAUAUAUUUAGAUGUUGUCAAAAAUCUUGAGCCUGUUUUCAAACAUCUCUUGACUGAAGCUAGUUUAGUUUACAAUCGUUUCACUGUAUUCCUUGUGUUAUUCUUGUAUACUUAAGUGACAAAUGUUGUUUCAUCACUGACUGUUGGCUUAAAUGUGUUAAGCAAUCCCUUGUUUUAAGAAUGGAUCUAUGAAUAUCUAUGAAUGAAGACACUUGCAUUGUUAAGCUGAAUACAUGGUCUAAGUGGGCUAUGUUUAAGUCAGUUCAUAGGCUGCAUUCACACUUUAACACAUCAAAAUCAGUACAAAAUUGGGACUAAAAUCCAGGGUCCCUGUACCCCUGGUUAGGAAACACUGGUCCAGAUCAGGACCAAACAGUCUACAUCAGGACUAAACAGGGAUCAAACCAGGACUUAGAAGUGUGAACACAGUGUUAAAGUGAAAGAGUUGAGGUCCUUUUUUACGUUAUAAGUUUCCACACCAACUCACAACAAACUACAAAUGAAAUUUCUAUUCAUUCUAAAUACAUUUAAUAUUUUAAAUCUAAAAAUAAGAUGGUAUAAACAGCAGUAACUGAAAACAACAGUACCGUAUACAUAUCAAUUUUAAUUUCUAUGUUAUUGUAUUAAAAUCUUGCAUCCCGACACCUGCAAUACCUCUGUAGCCCACUAGGGGACCUCAAACCUCACUUUCAGAAUCACUUGUCUGAACGGAUUGCAUCACUUGUAAGAACAUCAGUUAUAUUUUGAUAUCUUAUUCUACUGUAUACUUGGUUAUUUGCUGAUGUCAACCAAAGCAAGUCAAAUACCAAGAGAAUAGUCUGUAGAAUGUAUAGGAUGUGUGUAUGAAUAUAAAUGGAAAUUGUGUAGGAUUUCUUUUCUAAACCUUCUUAAUAUAUUUGAAGCUAGGUUAAUCUCGAAAGUCAAAUUUAUCAACAGUAAAUACACAAAUGGGAGAAAGCAAUUAUGAAAAAACUACAGAUUGUUUUAAUUCUUCAAAAUUCCUCUGUUAAAAUGUUUAUCCAUCAGGUUUCGAUUUUUUAUUUUGUACGUGAAAAAGAGCAACAAAGUGAACUAUGAGAAGAAACCAUUGAAAGAAAUUAUUUGGAAGAUAAGUUGGUUUACUGCAAAUAUUGUACAAAACAAUAGUAUUUUGUGAUUGCCAUCUAGUCAUUCAUUCACAAAAAAAAAUCACAUCACUACUCUUAGAUCCUUACAAUACAAUACACAAGUACAAUUGCUUAAAACUAGUUAAAGUAAAGGUGCACGGUUUUAAUGUCUCUGGUGGAGGACCUGCUACCCACUUGUCUCCAUGGAGUUGUUAUGGCUUUGAAUGAAAUAUUCCACAAUAUGGCAUUAAACAUAUAUAUCUAGCAUUUCUUUCAUCUUGGAUGUUUUAUUGCUCAAAACUAUAGACGAUUAAUAACCUCUAAUUUAGAUAUGUUUAAUGCCAUAUUGUGGAGCAUUCCUGACAAAGCAAUAGCCUCCACCAAACACAUCAUUGUGCAUCUUUAAGAAAUUAGAAACUCCCAUCUUUAACUAAACUCUGGUCGUCUAAUUAUCUAUAUAUGGACACUUGGUUUAUUUAAAAUUGAUGUAAAUAAUUCUCCAUGUGGCGAUCAGAUUUCAAAAUACUGUCCAAAUACUUAUAGAUUUAUAUAUUGACUACUACCUACAGUUAAGACUUGUACUGUAUCUUCUGUAUACUGCUGCUGUCUCGCUUCUCAUGAUAUGGAACUUGUAAAAGGGGCCAAUUAAAUGUCAAUAAAAAUAGCUUAACUUUUGAACU